CCUUUUGCUCUCGACAGGAGCAGGAGGAAAUGAGCCGACAUGUCUGAGGGCAGCCGGGGGAGCUCGCUGGCUUUUGGCCAGGUGGUGAUCGGGCCUCCAGGCUCUGGGAAGACAACCUACUGCCAUGGGAUGCAGGAAUUCCUGGGCAGGAUGGGGCGCAAGGUGGCCGUGGUCAACCUGGACCCUGCCAACGAGACGAUGCCCUACCAGUGCUCCCUGGACAUCGCCGAGCUCGUCACCCUGCCCGACGUCAUGGAGAGCUUGAGGCUGGGGCCCAACGGGGGGUUGAUCUACUGCAUGGAGUACCUGGAGGCCAACUUCGACUGGCUGCAGGAGAAGCUGGCUGCCUUCAGGGGUCACUACUACCUGUUUGACUGCCCGGGGCAGGUGGAGCUCUACACCCACCACCACGCCCUGAAGAACGUCUUCGCUCAGCUGGCCAAGUGGAAUUUCAGGCUGGCUGCAGUGCAUCUGGUGGAUUCUCACUACUGCACAGACCCUGGCAAGUUCAUCUCUGUCCUCUGCACCUCACUCUCCACCAUGCUGCACGUGGAGCUGCCCCAUGUCAACGUCCUCUCCAAGAUGGACCUGAUUGAGCAGUAUGGCAAGCUGGCCUUCAACCUGGACUAUUACACAGAGGUCCUGGACCUCUCCUACCUGGUGGAGCAUUUAGCUUCUGACCCCUUCUUCAGGAACUACCGCCGCCUCAACGAGAAGCUGGUGGAGGUGAUUGAGGACUACAGCCUGGUCUCCUUCAUCCCCCUCAACGUCCAGGACAAGGAGAGCAUGCAGCAGGUGAUGCGGGCUGUGGACAAAGCCAACGGCUACUCCUUCGGCGAGCAGGAGCACAGGAGCCUCCAGGCCCUCAUGUCAGCUGCCAUGGGAGCUGACUUCCACUUCACUUCCACCCUGGCAGUGCAGGAGAAGUAUGUGCAAUCUCAGGACAAAGCCCUGGAAGAAGAAGUGAUGGAUCUGUAACACGCCCGCCUCUUCCACAGCCCCGCUCUGGUUCCACACCUCUCCCUUCUCCUGCCAGGAGCUGGAGGCAUCUCCACGUCCCGUGGCUCAGACCGAGUGACAGCCCCUCCAGGCAGAGCUCUGGCUGCUGGACUCCUUCUCUGGAGAGG